GCAUUAUUCAGAUUGCCAUUUUGUUGCGUCACAUGCGGAACGACUUACUAACUAUAAAACAAGGAUAAAUAACACCGUCUCUUGUCAUAAUUUGAGUCCAGCUCCGUUCGACAACUUUGGUUUUCUCGAGUUCUUUGAUGGUCGGUUAUCAGCGAUAUGAAGAAUGUUAUCGUUAGCGUCUUGUUCGUGAUGGCCGUUCAAAUCCAGUUUACGGCCAACGCUUACGCUGUUUAUCCUGCCCUAUCCAUACCAAAGUGGUUCUCCGAGCCAUUCGACUACGCCCCUAUUAGUCCGGACAACUAUCCUGAUGUUGCUGUAGCUGGCCUUUGGGCUUAUUUAUCCGUUUCCCCAGUUGGCCAAGUGGUCGAGCAGGUUCCUUACAUCUUGACUGAUGUUCCAGGCUUCCUCAGCCAUCAGGACGCUUCCGCUCCUGUGGUGUCCAGCAGCGAUCUAGUCCGCACGAAGCGCAAAAACGUUUUGCAUUACCGAAAUGGCGAAUUCAGACCUAUUCUCUGUUCUCCACGCCUAUGCCUCAUCGAAAGGCCAAUGGGAGAGGCGGAAGAAUAAAACCACAUUCAUUGCGCACAUCGUCCUCUUACUAAUAUCCUGCCGUUAAUCAUUAUGCAAUUCCGUUACCUCUUGGUUGCUAACAUCCAUGUAAGCCCAUUCUAACUAUGCAUCAUAAUGCUAACCAAAGUAAUCAAUAGCAAAGUACUUUGAUAAUUAUUGGCAUUUUCUUAAUUAUACAAUAUGCAUGGUCAGCAGUUUGUUCAAUUAUUUCAUCUAUUUUAAAUGGUUUGUUGCAAGAAAACGAGAAAAACUGAUCGGUCGCCAUUUGAAUCGAAUUAUACGGAACACAUAGCCACGGGUAAAGUUUUGACCUUCUCUGCUGGCCGUCUUCACCUCUAAACGUGUUUCUAUUGCGUCUAUCCUUUACUUGUUUUUUUCUAUUCGUGUUGUUUUCGGACAGUUCUGUUAGUUUGGAAAAUUUGCAACAAGACUCGAGAUCAGCAUUCAUCCGUUUUCUAGGCUAAAUAAUAACGCCCUCGGGAUUUCUACAAGUUUAUUCAAAGUGGUUUGACGUGUUGCUAGUUCCACGCAUCCCCUAUACGACAAGAGAGAUGCGGUCAAGUAACUCAAACUAGCGGUUCCAGCAGAAUGCGCAUCGCCGAAACUAUUUGUUGGUGCCAUCUUCUCUCAUCAGACGGAUGAGUAUAAAAGCGACGGAAAGAUCGGGGCAUCUUCUAUUUUCUCUCUUCUACCGCACUUGAAACGCAAUGAAAUCGAUUGAGAUCGCUUGCUGCAUUUGUCUGUUGGCUGGACUGGCCGCUGAUGCUGCCCACUUGAUUGGCGGCUAUUCGGGCGGCCGUUACACGCUCCUACCUGCCGCCGACACUUUGGCCCAGUCGUUCUCAUCAAUGCCUUACAUCCCUUACAACAUCCCCAUUUAUUACGACCAUCCCAUCCAGCAGCAAACUGAAGACUAUCGCAAUGCUGUAGCUGCAGUAGCUGCGCGCAAUAACAUCAUCGCCUUAGACGCUGACUCAUCUGCCACCGCGGACAACGCCCCGGACCGUGACCAGCGCCAAAUUCAAAUUCGAUACAGACCUGGUUACAAGAAAGGAUAACGAAUAAAAGCCUCUUCAAUGACGAGCAAAAAAGAUAUCACUUGUUGAUCAAGAACUGCUGCCCCUCACCAAAAGGUCGACCUCUAUUACAUCACAUUAGACUUGAUUUUCACAAAAUAAUUAUUAUACUAGAAUUACUUCAAUCUCAAUUAUAAAAAGACGGGGAGAAUCAUUUUGACUUGUCAUUAUUGAAUCAUUGUUUUGUUUGCCUUGGGAUAACUUUUGGAAUAAAUUAUACAAAUGUUACAACAAAAUUAAGUUACCGGUUCUUGACGAGAUGAUGAAACCCGUCUGACAGCAGUGGCAGCAGUGGUCCCAGGUGAAUAAACUCUUGGCAUAAUGCACACAAGAGUUUGCUGUCAUUCAUCUCACGAUAUGCUUCUCUUUUAAGUUUCACACAGAAAACCAGUGUUGGAUUUUUUGGACUCUUAUAAUUGAUGGUCCCAUUAAUUUGAUUAAAUUGUAUUGGUAUAAAAUAGUCAAUUUUAUAUUUCACG